CUUUAUUCCCCUCUGUUUUCAUCUUCAACGGUUUUGGCUUGAAACAUUAAAAUCUAGCAAAGGUUUGGCAAUCCUACAGAUCCCGAAAUAUAUCGACUGAAUGCAAAUAAAUGGUGAUGGAUGAGAAGUCUAUCAACGGUGCUCCGGAUCCUAAACCCCCGAGAAAGAUGAAGUUUAUGCCGAAAGCCCCUCCUCGCAGGGACCAAAAGCUAGUUUUGCCCAAACCUGAGAAGGUUGAGGAGACUGAAGCUGAUAAUGUCAAGGCGCAAGAAUUGAUGAGGCGCUUUACUGAAGCUUCUAACAGGCCCAAGUUUAAAUCUGAAACUAAGCCCUUAAAGACACGAGUUUCAUCAUUUAAUUUUGGUCCCAAGUCUGGAGGUACUAAUGUUGCGGCCCCGAGCAUUGGAGCAAAGGAAUACAAGGAGCCAUGGGAUUAUUACAAGUACUAUCCUGUUACUUUACCCUUAAGAACACCAUACUCUGGAAAUCCAGAGCUUCUUGAUGAACAAGAAUUUAAGGAGGAUCCGGAAGCUAACGCUUAUGAUGAGUCCUCGGUGAAGCCCGCUGAAGAACUUGGUUUAAUGGAGGAAGAAUUGGAAAAGAGAAUGAUUUUCAUUCAGCUACCACCAACGUUGCCUCUGCCAAAGCAAUCUAUGCAUGUAGAGGGUGCUUCGAGCUCCAAGCCAUUGAAUAAUACUGGAUCCUCCUUAAAAGGUUCCAAUUUGAAUGAACUUCCUGUAGGCUUUAUGGGUAAAAUGUUAGUGUAUAAGAGCGGUGCCGUAAAGCUAAAAUUAGGUGAUCAUCUCUACAAUGUUUCUGGAGGUCUAGACUGUACUUUUGCACAGGAUGUUGUUGCCAUCAAUACUGAAGAUAAACAUUGUUGCAAUGUUGGAGAACUCAAGAAGCGUGCCAUUAUUACCCCGGAUAUUGACUUCAUUCUAGACAACAUGAAGGACCUAUGAUAGUUUACACCUUGUUCUAUAGAUUUUGUCACAUAUCAAAGAAUUCAAUGAAGUUUUGACUUGCAUACAGUUUUUUCUAUUACUGAUAUAUAAUUUUUAAAACGGAAAAAACACUUUCAGAGUUUUUGAGGGUUUUUGACGGCAUUGGUAGGAACAGAACUUGUAUUAGGGACGACAUAUGUGUAGACAUUACUCUAAAUCAAAUCAAUCAUUAUUUUUAUUCAA